GAGGAUCUUGCGACUGCGACAUGGCCGCUUCCUCCUUCUUGACUGCAUCCCACGCCCAAUUAGCACGGGCGAUCUCCGGCCGGGGGACCGUCGCGGCCCCAUCCCAGCCUGACCGCCUCGCCCUCUCCUCCGGCGGGCACCGCCUUAUUCUUCGGCUUAACCCAAAAGCGGCUGAGUUAAAACAGCGCUCUCGGCGGUUUGUUAAGAUUCGAUCAGCCGUGAUUGACACGGCGGACGGCAAGCCGGUGACCGAAGAGCUAAUGGAGAGGUCCGUGAACACAAUCCGGUUCCUGGCCGUCGAUGCGGUGGAGAAGGCCAACUCAGGUCACCCGGGGCUCCCCAUGGGAUGUGCCCCCUUGGGUCAUAUCCUCUUCGAUGAAUUCAUGCGCUUCAACCCUAAGAAUCCUUACUGGUUUAACCGGGAUCGAUUCCUGCUCUCUGCGGGCCAUGGAUGCAUGCUGCAUUACGCGCUACUCUACCUUACUGGGUAUGACAGUGUUAAGGAUGAGGAUUUGAAAGCUUUCAGACAGUGGCAGAGUAAAACUCCUGGGCAUCCUGAGAGUUUUGAAACGCCCGGUAUCGAAGUCACUACUGGUCCUCUUGGUCAGGGUAUUGCAAAUGCUGUCGGAUUAGCAUUAGCUGAGAAGCACCUAGCUGCCCGCUUCAAUAAGCCUGAUGCGGAGAUCAUUGACCAUUACACGUAUGUUAUACUUGGGGAUGGUUGCCAAAUGGAGGGAGUAUCAAAUGAAGCUUGCUCUCUUGCUGGACACUGGGGUCUUGGGAAAUUGAUUGCUUUCUAUGAUGACAAUCGUAUUACCAUUGAUGGAGACACAGAAAUUACAUUUACAGAGGAUGUCAAUGCACGCUUCGAGGCUCUUGGCUGGCACACCAUCUGGGUAAAGAAUGGUAACACAGGCUACAAUGAGAUCCGGGCUGCAAUCAAGGAAGCCAAAGCUGUUAAAGACAAGCCUUCAUUGAUAAAGGUUACAACCACCAUUGGUUAUGGAUCACCGAACAAGGCAAAUUCAUACAGUGCUCAUGGAAGUGCAUUGGGUAGUGAGGAAGUUGAUGCAACUAGAAAAAAUCUUGGAUGGCCUUAUGAUCCUUUCCAUGUACCUGAGGAUGUGAAAAGCCAUUGGAGCCGACAUAUCUCUAAUGGUGCAGCUCAUGAGUCUGAAUGGAAUGCGAAGUUUGCAGAGUAUGAGAAGAAGCACAAAGAAGAUGCGACUAUUUUGAAGGAUAUAAUUUCAGGAGACUUGCCUGCUGAAUGGGAGAAGGCUCUUCCGGUAUAUACUCCUGAAAGCCCAGCUGAUGCCACCAGAAAUCUCUCUCAGCAGUGCCUUAAUGCAUUGGCUAAAGUUCUUCCUGGACUUAUUGGUGGUAGUGCUGAUCUAGCAUCCUCCAACAUGACAUUGCUUAAGAUGUAUAGUAACUUCCAAAAUAGCACUCCACAAGAGAAAAACAUAAGAUUUGGUGUCAGAGAACAUGGGAUGGGCGCUAUCUGCAAUGGCAUUGCACACCAUAGCCCUGGCCUCAUCCCUUACUGUGCCACUUUCUUUGUCUUCACAGAUUAUAUGAGAGCCUCCAUUAGACUUGCGGCAUUAUCUCAAGCUAGAGUCAUCUUUGUGAUGACUCAUGACUCCAUUGGACUUGGCGAAGAUGGCCCUACACAUCAACCCAUUGAGCACCUAAUGAGCUUCAGGAUGAUGCCGAACAUCUUGAUACUCCGGCCUGCAGAUGGAAAUGAGACUGCAGGUGCCUACAAAGUUGCCGUUCUCAGCCAGAAGAGACCUUCUAUCCUUGCCCUUUCUCGCCAGAAGCUUCCUCAGCUUUCUGGAACAUCAUUUGAAGGAGUUGAGAAGGGUGGAUAUAUCAUCUCAGACAACUCUUCAGACAAUAAGCCUGAUCUUAUUCUCAUUGGAUCUGGAUCGGAGUUGGAGAUUGCUGCCAAGGCUGGAGAGGAACUGAGAAAGGACGGAAAGAGGGUAAGGGUUGUGUCACUUGUUUCAUGGGAAUUGUUUGAAGAGCAGUCAGAUGAUUACAAAGAGAGUGUUCUUCCUAAGGCUGUUUCUGCAAGGAUCAGCAUUGAGGCUGGCUCAACGUUUGGGUGGGAAAAAUAUAUUGGAAGUAAGGGCAAAGCGAUUGGGAUUGACAGGUUUGGGGCGAGUGCUCCUGCUGGGAAAAUAUACAAGGAGUUUGGUUUGACUGCAGAGAAUGUCAUCGCUGCAGCCAAAUCUCUGUAAGUUUGUAUUGGUUGUGCUAUUUGCUUUAAAGCAUUGAACUAGGCUUGGAGUCUGCACUAUUAUCAUGAGCUUGAGGAUGCAACCUACGAGAAGUUGAUAAAGGGCAUGCAGGUGUCCUGUUGGGCAAUAAUAAUGCAUUUUGCUCAGUGCUUAUUACCAUC